AUGGGGAAGAACAAGGAGCAAGAGACCUUGGCAAAGAGUUGUGGACCCCAGGAAGGAGACCACCGGGAGAUCGAGAACGAGGAGUAUCAUUGUACUGACUCCUUCAUCCCAGGCCUCCAAGUGAGGGACACAGAACGAAUUGUCAAUGGACAGAAUGCAGUCCCAGGCUCAUGGCCCUGGCAGGUCUCUCUGCAGACGAGGUCCGGUGCCCAUUUCUGUGGAGGUUCCUUGAUCAAUGAGAACUGGGUCGUCACCGCUGCUCACUGUAACCCAAGCCCCAGCUCAAAUUAUGUUGUUCUUGGAGAAUACGACCGAAGCUCCAAUGCAGAGGCAGUCCAGGUGAAGGCGAUAGCCAAGGCCAUCACCCACCCCUCCUGGGAUUCCAGAACCCUCAACAACGAUAUCACCCUGCUGAAGCUGUCCUCCCCUGCCCAGCUGAAUUCCCGCGUCUCUCCCGUCUGCCUGGCUUCAGCCACAGAGACGCUUCCUGAAGGGCUGAAAUGUGUCACCACUGGCUGGGGACGGACUAGUGGCGUCGUAAAUAAUCCAGCAGCCAAGUUACAGCAGGUGGCUCUCCCCCUGGUGACGGUCAGCCAAUGCCAGCAACACUGGGGCAAUCGCAUCACCGGUGCCAUGGUAUGCGCCGGGGGCGCCGGUGCCUCCUCCUGCCAGGGUGACUCUGGGGGCCCUCUCGUGUGCAUGAAAGGCUCAGUCUGGAAUCUGAUUGGGAUAGUCUCCUGGGGCACCACCAACUGCAAUGUCCGGACUCCCGCUGUCUACACCCGCAUCUCCAAAUUCCGCAGCUGGAUCGAACAAGUCAUUGCAAGAAACUGA